AUGGACAUGUCGCCGAACCCCGACAGCCCCUCGUCAGGAGGGGGCAACGGCAUCGGGCCGAGCAGCGGAGGCGCGUCGCCGUCCGUUGGUUCCAUGACGCCGCAGUCGCCGAGCCGGUACGAGGCGCAGAAGCGGCGCGACUGGAACACGUUCGGGCAGUACCUGCGGAACCACCGGCCGCCACUGAGCCUGGCGCAGUGCAGCGGGGCUCACGUCCUCGAGUUCCUCCGCUACCUGGACCAGUUCGGCAAGACUAAGGUGCACGGCCCGGCGUGCCCCUUCUUCGGCCACCCGAACCCGCCGGCGCCGUGCCCCUGCCCGCUCCGCCAGGCCUGGGGCAGCCUCGACGCCCUCGUGGGCCGCCUCCGCGCUGCCUUCGAGGAGAACGGAGGCCGCCCAGAGUCCAACCCCUUCGCCGCGCGCGCCGUGCGCCUUUACCUCCGCGAGGUCCGCGAGCACCAGGCCCGCGCCCGCGGCGUCAGCUACGAGAAGAAGAAGCGCAAGAAGCCGCAGCAGCUGCCGGGCGACAGCAGCGGCGGCCUUCACGGCCACACGCACCAGCCGCCGCCGCCCCCACCGCCCGCCGGCGCCGCCUGCUGA